GCGCCCGCCGCGAGCGCGUGAUGCGCGCGGACCGCGCCGCGCUGCUCGCGUGGCUCGUCUGCUGCGCGGCCGCACUCUCCUCGCACAAGUACAGUACGCGCGUCGUCCGCACCAAGUACGGCCCGCUGCGAGGCAUCGUCGUGCACUCGCAUCCGCAGGUCGAGGCCUACCUCGGAGUGCCGUAUGCUACACCGCCCUUAGGUAGUCUAAGAUACAUGCCGCCGGUGACGCCGUCGCAGUGGCGGACGACGCGGCUGGCGGACGCGUCGGGGCCGGCGUGCCCGCAAGUACCGCCCGCCGCCGCGCCGCGCGAUGACGCGUUGUUACUGCACCCGCGCGCGCGCAUCCGACAGCUUGAGCGAUUGCUGCCAGUACUCGCCAACCAGAGCGAAGACUGCUUGUAUGUCAACCUCUAUGUGCCUGUUAAUGGGGGUGAGGAGGGUGAGAGCGGCGGUCUUCCGUGCUUGGUGUUCGUGCAUGGCGAGUCUUAUGAAUGGAGCUCCGGGAAUGCGUACGAUGGCACCACGCUGGCGGCCAAUGGCAACAUCGUUGUCGUCACCAUCAAUUUUAGGUUAGGUGUUUUGGGUUUUUUAAAGACUGGUGCUAAGGGGUCGGCACAGGGUAACUUCGGUCUGAUGGACCUGGUGGCGGGGCUGCACUGGCUGCGGGAGAACCUGCCGGCGUUCGGGGGCGACCCCGAGCGGGUUACGCUCAUGGGCCACGGCACGGGAGCAGCGCUCGCGAACUUCCUCGCCGUCUCGCCUGUCGCCCGGGAACUACUGAAGCGCGUCAUCUUGUUAAGUGGGUCGGGGCUGAGUUCAUGGGCGCUGCAGAGGGAACCGCUCACGAUAAAAAGAAAGGUGGCGGAACAAACGGGGUGUCAUGGGGACUUGUUGGAGGAUGACCUGGCUCCGUGCUUGCGCAACAAACCACUUGCUGAGUUGUUGGCGGUGAGGCUCGACCCGCCGCGGUUUCUGCCCGGGUUCGCGCCUUUCGUCGACGGCACUGUUAUCGUUAACCCUUCCGCCCCGCCCCCCACCGACAGUUCCCGAUUAGGCGCCGGCGCAGCAGCAGUCGCCAACGCCGCCGGACAUGAACUUGCCGACUUCUCACACAGAGAACUCUUGUUCGGACUCACUACCACCGAAUCUUACCUGGAAUUUAACGCCCAAGACUUGGAGUUUGGCUUCAACGAGAGCCGACGGGAUCGCAUUCUUCGCACAUUCGUCCGGAACGCGUACUAUUACCACCUGAAUGAGAUCUACUCGACCUUGAAGAACGAGUACACGGACUGGGACAAGCCCGUGCAGAACCCGCUCAGUGUGCGCGACGCCACGCUCGAGGUGCUAAGUGACGGGCGGACCGCGGCGCCGCUAAUCCGGCUGGGCUAUUUACACGCGCUGCGAGGUGGCACCACUUACUUCACGCAUUUCCACCAUCUCUCCCAAGAUAAGGAUUAUCCGCAAAGACCAGGAUCAGUGCAUGGAGAGGAGCUGCCAUACUACUUGGGUGUCCCAAUAUCUCUGACGCAUCAUCAGCAAAACUUCACGCAGCAGGAGCAGCGAGUGUCCAAAUUGUGCAUCCAUUACAUCUCCAACUUCGUCAGAUAUGGCAAUCCAAAUGACCCAUCGGCAACCCCACCUCCGAGUCCGAUGCUAGGCGAGACUCCCAGGCUGGGCCCCGACCAGACGCCGUACUGGGACACGUACGACACCAUCAACCAACUCUACAUGGAGAUCAGUGGCAAGCCGGAGAUGCGCAGCCACUACCGCGGGCACAAGAUGUCUCUGUGGCUGUCGCUGAUCCCGCAGCUGCACCGGCCCGGCUCCGACCUGCCCGACGCCGCCAUGCGCCACCACCACUUCCAGGAGGACAACGCCAACUACUACGAGGGAGCAGUGCGUGCGCAGUCGAUGUCGCGCGCGCACGUGCCGCACGUGGUGGAGCUGGAGGGCGGCGCCCGCGCGCGCAGCACCGCGCCGCCGCGCGCCGCCGCCCCGCGCCCCGCGCCCUCCGCGCCGCCCUCCACCGAGUGCCCGCCGAACGCCACCGCGCCUACUGUCCACCCUGAUGAUGCGCUGCUGCGCCGCCUCGCCUCCUCCCACUACCAGUCGUACACGGCCGCGCUCACCGUCACCAUCGCCGUGGGUUGUUUCCUCUUACUCCUGAAUGUGCUCAUCUUCGCGGGGAUCUAUCACCAGCGUGGCUCCCGGCCGCGUCGGUCUAAGGAUGACCUGGCUGAGGCUGGCAGCUCUUCGUCGUCAGAUAACUACGAUGGCAAGCUUGAUUAUGAAGUGCGCGCGUUCGAUGGCAAGGGUUUUGGUUUCGAAUGUAAAUCUGCGCAUGUGCCGCGCGGUGUGGGCUCUAAAUUUGACCUGCGGACGUUAUCGGACUGCGGUGAACCGACAUUCGGCGAGUACAGCUGUUACGAUGAGAAGCACCGGGCGGCUCGUAGCUCCAUGCCUGACGUGAGUGUGGGCAGCGCUAUUGAGGCGGGGAGUGUGGUAUGUAUUGACACUCAGAAGCCCGAUAUCCAGAAGGUGGAGGGGCGGCCGGGCGACCCGGUGGGGCGCACCAGCACGUUCGAGCCGCGCGUGGUGGACAGCUCCACGCAGGUGAAGUUCGGGCCGGAGGGCGCGGAGGGCGCGGGCGACGCGGGCGCGGAGGGGGAGGGGGGCGGCAUCUUGCGCGCGCCCCCCGCGCCCGCCGCCCCCGCGCCGCCCGGCAUCAUGAAGAAGCGUGUACAGAUACAGGAGAUAUCUGUAUGAGGGUUCCUUGACGCCGCCGCCGAGGUCGUAGUCAACAAGCGAACUAAGUUGUGAUGUGUGAAGCUAUUCAAACGUGUACAUAGGAACUUGUGUGAACUCAUCUGGUGUACGUGUAAAUAUACUUGUAUCUAAUAAUUAAUUUUAUUAUUUUAAGAGUGCGAACGAAUAAAAUAACCGGGGCCCUUGUGACUAGACCGUAUUUUUCUAUGGUUACGUGCUGGGACGUAGUAAUAGCGACCACGUUUUCAUUUCCCGAAGGAUUGAGUGUGUAAGAAUAUUAAAAUCGGGUAAAGUGAGCGUCGCGCUCGAUGUGAUGUGAUUCAUAAUGGAAGAACAUUUUCACAUUACCGAUGCCAUGAAUAGAUGCGGUACCUACCUGGUGUUACACGAAUAUUUUUCAGCUGAAUGGGACAAUCUCUGUUUGACUAUGUCAAACUUCGGGCUGAAGAUUAUAAUAAUAAUUUAUUGUCUGCGAUAUAUUGAAACAGUCAUUUUGAUGGCCUAUUUCCUGAUGAUGGGAUAUGAUGUUGGUGUGAAAGGGAUCUAGUCUAUAUUCACUGUGAAAGGCAAACUUGGCUCGGGUCCUACUCUAUGCCUGUGUUGUUUAUAUGACUCGACAGGGAUUAUAAACAUACAGGUUGCCUUUUAUGGUAAUAAUAUACCAGUUAUAAUUUAUUUCUACUGUCGGGUAUAGAACGAAGGAAUUGUAGGCUCUUGUGAAUAUAUACGUAUUUAAUAAAUGUGAAUAUAACAAUAAAUUAGUGACAAAAGACUUAACAACCAACCGACAUUAGCUGUACAUACUUAUAUCAAACGAAGUGUUUCAGGUAUGUAGGGUAAAAUGACUAUUGAUAAAAAUUGUUUAAAAAACAUCGCAUAUGUUGUAAUUUUUUGUAAAGUUACUUUUAAGUGAGGUGUAUUGAUUUUGAGUAGUUUUUGAUAAGUAAAUAUUGAAAACUUAUUACUUAAUGGACGAGUACACUGAGUGUUUCUACACAUUAAUUGCAAUUAGUCCACGCUUAUUCCCAAGUCUCAAAAGGUAAUCAGGGUAAUAGACGACAUUGUCUACUCUUCGGUCCUCUAAAAGUAAGCCCCACUGAGUAUCUCUCCGGAGGUUUGUACAACACAGAGGAGCACGUAUUCGUAUCGCCAGGGUUCGUUUCAUGACCCCAAUCAUUUUCAUCGAAUCGUAAAAAUAUCAAACGACAGAGCCCGAAAUUCAAGAUAUCACCAAUUAAAAUGUUAUUGUGCGUGAAAUACAUUUCUUUUAUAUGACUCUAUUACCCACGAUCGUGCGUAAUCUACAAAGAAUCAUAUAAACUUCAAAAGAGUGUUAGGAGAUUUUCUUAUGAUUACGCAUUCAAGGAAAUUGAUAUAAAAGCGCUGAACUCGCUUAUACUUCCCGACUGUCAGUAUAUUACACUCUCAUCUUGUUCAAUGUUAGACAAUUCUCUAGUACUCGUCCAUAUUUUUAUCUUCACAGGAAUUGAUGAUGAUUAACUAAUGGUGAGUAAUAUUUAAACUUACACCAUUUUCCUCAUUGUGACAAAAUGUGAACUUUAAUAAAUUAAAUUUUAUUUAUAUUUAUUACAUUGUUGUAUAAUUGAUGAAUUGUGAAACAAAUUAAAAUAUAGGUAAACUGGAAUUGACUUUUAGUGUAGGGGACCGUUAUUUAAAUUGAAUUAAUUCCUAUGUUAAAUUAUAUUUUAACGAAUUAUGAAAUGCCAAAAAUUUAUCACGUGCCAAAGUCCAUGCAAACAUAUUAUUAAGUUUGCGGCCUUCCAGUGGAAGAGUCAAUUUGAAAUGGACGCCAAACAGGGUUCCUACGAACUUAUUAAUUUGGCAUCGUCAAAAGAACAAAAUAGGUAUGCUGAAAUUAAAUAAUUAGUAAGUAAUUCAGUUAUGAACUUGAUUGGAUAUUUAUUAAUAUUCUAGCAUGUUCAUAUGGAUAUUUAUAUAAAGGUAUUUAUUUUCAACUCAAGUGUUGUAGAGCUUAAAGAUUUAAGUCACGGGCUCUUUAAUAUCUGAUAUUAUUUUAAUUAUACAUAGUUGCAGCAUCAGUUAUGUUGAUGCUAUUUGUGAGUACCCGCAUAAUACUCGUUACUAGGGAAUUAUUGUUUUUACACAUCGAUAAAAAUGGAUAUUAAAUUAUUAUGACUGUGUUUUAAAGCAAAUACUUAAAGAAAAACCAUCAUUUGACAUCCUUAGAGGAAUUGUAUAAUUAAGUUGUUAUAACAUAUUAAAUAAUGUUGCUAUAAUUUUAUGGAUUUGUUAUGAACAAUUAGGUUAACAUAAAUAUGUAGUUUGAAAGAUUCUAAGCAGAACAUCAACAUUUUGUUACAAUUUGGUGUUUAAUGGAAUGCAUAAAUAUGGUGUCGAAUAAAGAAUUGAAAUUUA